ACGCGGUCGUACCACGGCACGGUCGACAUCGUACUUUAAUCGCUCCCAACACGAAUGCGCGAUCCGUUUUAUUAUUUAUUCGUUUGUUUCGGCUGAUUUGUACUCGCGUUUUUGUUUGUUGUGCUUAAACUGUGGGAUUAUAGUAACUUACGGAAGGGCUGGAAGGACAAGUGGACAGUUAAGAUUAUCACCAGCGAAUAAUGUAGAAACUGUUUACACAGCAUAAAUUUGUGCCAGAAAAGGUGUUUAAAAGUGCAAACAACAAUGGAGAACCAGAAAAACACGGUUCUUCUGGAAUCGCGUCCGUUCCGUCCCUUCAAAAGCGGCGACGAGUAUCUGUUCGCCAUGAAGGAGGAUCUGGCCGAGUGGCUGCAAACCAUGUACCCACAUUUGGGCAUCACCACCGACAAUUUUUUCGAGAAGCUGGAAACCGGCGUCGCACUUUGCGAGCAUGCCAACGCGGUAAAACAACAUGCGAUUGAAUACGUCCAGAAGAAGCAGGCGAAGAAGAUGAUGACGAAAUCGGUGACCGGAUCUUUGGCGAUGAGGACGGUCACCAUUGCUGACGUCAAGUAUUUCACCACGGCCAAGCCUGGAACGUUUUUCGCCCGCGACAACGUCAGCAAUUUCAUCAAGUGGUGCAGACACUCGAUCGAAAUCAUCGAGUGUCUGUUGUUUGAAACUGACGAUCUUAUUUUGAGGAAGAACGAGAAGAAUUUCAUCUUGUGUCUUCUGGAGGUGGCCAGACAAGGAGCAAAGUUUGGUGUUUUGGCUCCGAUGCUGAUCCAGAUGGAGAGGCAGAUCGACAGGGAAAUCGCCGCCGACAACAAGAAAAUGGCCGAAAACGACGGCAACGAAAACGACAACAGCCUCGAAGACGACAGCGACAGCGACCUUGAGGAAGAAGAGACCCCGCUAAUCUACGGACCGGUACCACAAAUCGUCACCAACGACCUCAAGAGUCUGGACGAAAUGGUGCGGGACUUGGUGGAGAAGUGCACGUGUCCCACGCAGUUCCCGAUGAUCAGGGUGUCGGAGGGUAAAUACCGCAUCGGCGACACCAAGGUCCUCAUCUUCGUGCGGAUCCUCCGUAACCACGUGAUGGUGAGGGUGGGAGGAGGUUGGGACACGCUGGCCCACUAUCUGGACAAGCACGACCCUUGCAGGUGCAGGGCCCAACACAGGACGACGCAGGGAGCGAGGCUGGUCAACAAGGUCGGUGCCGUCGACUUGCACGGCUCCCAUGUCUACUACGACAGACAGCCAGUCUCGUUGGGUGGUGUGCCGAACGUCCCCAACGGCGUGUCGAGCGGUCCGCAUUCCCUCGGACCGCCCACCAAUUGCCUGAACCGUUCCCGAUCCCGUUCGCCCUCCCAUCUCAACGACAGACGUUCGGUCAGUCCGAACUUCCCCAGGAAACACCUGUCGGUGCCCGCCAGCCGAUCCAGGAGCCCGACGCCCAACUACACGUCCACGUACACCACGAAACUGGCCACGAAACGUGGAUCGCAGGGCACGAAUCACUAUUCGGGCCCGCACAGCUUGCCCUACGAACCGUACACGCCUGCGCCGAAGGCCAAGUACGUUACGACUGCGCAGUACCAGACUGAGCCCAAAUCUAUAAUGAAGUCCGAGGUUGAGCUGAAGGUCAACGAUACGGACACACAAAGCGACACGACCUCGGAAAUGUCCGACGAAGGUUACAGAAGUUUGCCGGUGAACAAGAAGGAGGAUGCUGAAGAUAACGAACAUCAACAAGUCUGCACGGCAGACGACCUGAACGACGUCGGCCUGAGGAAGACUCAGUACUCCCAAAUCUACGACAACGGCGACGCCAAGUCGCCAAAACCUGUGCAAAAACCCACACAAAAACCACGGGAGAGAUCCUUCGUGAAGGCUAACAGUAUGGAACGUUCCGACUUGAAACCACCACCGACUCAGAAGAGGACGAGCAGGGGUUCCAUCAACAGCACGUGGAGCGGCAGGCCCAAAGCCACCAGAGCCAGUUUAACCGGUGACACGUUCUCGCCACCAGUUGCGAGAAGCUCCAUGGGUCGGAGGAGUAUCAGCAACGAACGACAGACCUCCAGCGCCAACACCUCACCCACGAAAAGUAAUUUGAAGAAGGAAUUGUUGAAGGCGGUGAACAAAAACGCAGACGAAGCCCAGAUAAUGGCUCAGGUGCAGGCGGUGCUCAAGAAGUUCGGCAGCAUGAACCAACUGCCGCUGGACGACGAGCCGAGGCUGACGCGGAACAACGAAAGAAUGUCUUUCAGGAGUCCGAGGAAGGAUUCGCGCGCCGACAAGUCGAAGAUUCCCGCACCCAUCAGUUACAAGGCAUAAAAAACUUUGAUGUUGGCAUUUUUACAAUUAUUAUUCAUUUAUUCACUGUUGGUGCUAUUGUUCUUUAUCAAAUUAGGAGUACUACUUAAUGAGAAGAGGUGAAAUUCAAAUCAAAAAAGGCAGGGUAUUUUGUAGUUUAAUUCUUAGGCCUAGGAACCAACCUGCUCAAUUUUUUACCAAGUGUUUUUGUUACCAAAACCUGCUGUUCUGUAGCUUUUCUGUACAUUUUGGUGCUUGCGAAACGAACACACGUUUGAUUUCGGUAUUGUUUUAGAGCGACACAUUGAUUUUUUUGUGUUGCCGCCUAUUGUUGGAAGAGUUUGUUAUUAUAUCAAAAUUCUUAAAUUUGUAGAGAUUGUUGAUUUAUAUAUUUUAUAACUGUUGACUAGAUUUUUUUUGUAGACACAACAUCCAGGAUUCAAAUAACCAAAAUAUCCAUCCCUCAUGUUUAACAAAAAGCAAUAACUUUAACAACUUUGAUACAAACAUCAAAAUACUUUUAUCUUCAAUAUUUGAAGCAAAUUAAACUAAAAGAAAUUGACAUUCCCAUUUUAACACUUUCUUGGU